AUGGCAUUAACAAAAAUCCAACUCUUAGUUUUAGCUGCAGCUUUGAUCAACAUCUCUCUUUUCUGCAAAAUCGGUUCUGCAGAUGAAGAUGGGCCUGAAACAGGUGACGUACCGCAAACAGGCGGUGGCCAAGAAUUUGAUCCAGCUCAAAUUGUUGCCAAAGCCUUGCUGUGUUUCAAUGAUAACUAUGUAUACAGCAGCUGCCAAGCGUCUUAUAGGUUGAAUGAGAGUGGAGAUCUGAAUGUUCCUAAAGAGAAAACCGACGAGUUCUGCAAUGGCGCUUGCCUCACAGAGACACACCUUGUGCUCAACUGUGUUGAUCACAUUUUGAACAACUUCAUCUUCUACAACAAGGCCACUGUAAGAGAUGUUAGAGAUACGAUUCAUGCCGGAUGUGGAUAUGGCCCCGAAAGAGGUGACUUCAACGUGGCUGAGCAUAUGGCUGUGACGAGUGAGGCACACAAGGCUGCAAAUUACCAGAUUAUUGUUGGGUUUAUCUUGAUGGUUUUGGGAAAUGGAUCACUGUUCUGA